AGAGGCAGAGUGAGAGAGAGAGAGAGAGAGAGGGAGAGAGGGAGGAGGAGGGGAGAGGCCUUUUCAGACCAAAUCCGUAUUUUCAUUUAUUCCCCCUCUCCCUCGUUUCGCCAUCCGUCAGGGGCUCUGUCACUCCGUCACCCUCCAUCUCUCUGUUGUUGAGAAAAAGAGACGCCAUUCCCCUCCUCUCUCUCCCUCUCUCUCUCUUUGUUAAUUGAGGGCUGUGGGAUUUUUUCCCUUUUUUUUCCCUUUUCUUUUUUUCCCUUCAAAAGACUACCGCUCCUUUAGAGGUCAGCUGUAGGAGUCUGACAUUUGUUUAGUAAACCACAUCCCCUCUCAUCACAACCAUCACACAAAAAACAUAAUUACACCACCCCUUCCUCCCCCCCCCAACGUCGCCUCCAGAGCUGGUGAUCACACCCCACACCUUAACCCCCUACCACGGAAUUUUUUACCACGCUCACUCAGCCCUGGUUCCAUUCCUGCCAAGGCUCUGCUGGCCGGUUACCACAGGGAUCCAUGGAAAACGGCUCCUAGUAACGUCUGAUUCAUUCCGUGGUGGAACAGGCAGCCAGAAGACCGUUCUCCAUGAGGAGCAGUAGAAGAUGCCGGCUCUGCCAGCGCUGCUGCUGUCGAUUCACUCCGUCGUCCUGUUACUGACCAUGGCCCCGUCCUCUCACAGCCAGGCCCCCGUGCUGUCCUCUGUCAGAAUGGCGGCGAUCCUGGAUGACCAGUCAGUGUGUGGGCGAGGGGAGCGGCUGGCUCUAGCUCUGGCCCGGGAGAACAUCAACAGCGUGAUGGAGGGCCCCGCCAGGGCCCGCGUGGAGGUGGACAUCUUCGAGCUGCAGAGGGACUCCCAGUAUGAGACCACUGACAUCAUGUGUCAGAUACUACCAAAGGGUGUGGUCUCAGUUAUUGGCCCUGCCUCAAGCCCUGCCUCCGGUUCUACUGUCAGUCACAUAUGUGGGGAGAAAGAGAUCCCCCAUGUAAAGAUUGGCCCUGAAGAGACCCCCCGGCUUCCUUACCUGCGCUUUGCUUCGGUCAGUUUGUACCCUAGCAACGAGGACCUGAGCCUGGCCAUUGGGGCCAUUUUGCGCUCUUUCAGCUAUCCAACAGCUAGCCUGGUCUGCGCCAAGGCUGAGUGCCUGCUGCGGUUGGAGGAGCUGGUGAGACGUUUCCUCAUCUCCAGGGAGACGCUGUCCGUACGGAUGCUGGAUGACAGCCUGGACCCCACCCCCUUGCUGAAGGAGAUCCGAGACGACAAGGUGGCCACCAUCAUCAUCGACGCCAACGCCUCCAUCUCCUACCUCAUCCUGAAAAAGGCAUCAGAACUGGGGAUGACAUCAGCUUUUUACAAGUACAUCCUCACCACUAUGGACUUCCCCCUUCUCAGGUUAGACGACAUCGUGGACGAGCAGUCCAACAUCGUGGGCUUUUCCAUGUUCAACACCAGCCACCCAUUUUACCUCGAGUUCAUCAGGAGCCUCAACCUCUCCUGGAAGGAGGGGUGUGAUCUCAGCCCCUACCCUGGGCCCGCACUGUCCUCCGCCUUGAUGUUCGACGCGGUGCAUGUGGUUGUGGGCGCGGUGCGGGAGCUGAACCGCAGCCAGGAGAUCGGGGUUAAACCGCUCAGCUGCACCUCGCCUCAGAUCUGGCAGCACGGCACCAGCCUCAUGAACUACCUGCGCAUGGUGGAGCAUGAUGGUUUGACUGGGCGGGUGGAGUUCAACAGCAAAGGCCAGAGGACUAACUACACCCUCCGGAUUCUGGAGAAACACAGAGGAGGACAUAAAGAGAUUGGGAUUUGGUAUUCCAACAACACACUGGCCAUGAACUCCACCUCUUUGGACAUCAAUGUGUCCGAGACGUUGGCCAACAAGACACUCAUCGUUACCACCAUAUUGGAGAACCCCUACGUCAUGCGCAAGGCGAACUACCAGGACUUCCAGGGCAACGACCAGUACGAGGGCUUCUGCGUAGACAUGCUGCGUGAGAUCGCCGACAUCCUCAAGUUCUCCUUCAAGAUCAAGCUGGUCGACGACGGGCUGUACGGGGCGCCCGAGCCCAACGGCUCCUGGACAGGAAUGGUCGGGGAGCUCAUCAACAGGAAAGCAGACCUGGCAGUAGCAGCUUUCACCAUCACGUCGGAGCGGGAGAAAGUCAUCGACUUCUCCAAACCCUUCAUGUCACUUGGCAUCAGCAUCCUCUACCGAGUCCAGCUGGGGCGGAAACCAGGCUAUUUCUCCUUCCUGGAUCCAUUCUCCCCAGCUGUCUGGCUCUUCAUGCUGCUGGCCUACCUGACCGUCAGCUGUGUUCUCUUCCUUGCUGCCAGGAUGAGCCCCUACGAGUGGUACAACCCGCACCCGUGCCUGCGGGAGCGCAGGGACAUGCUGGAGAACCAGUACACCCUGGGCAACAGCCUGUGGUUCCCCAUCGGGGGCUUCAUGCAGCAGGGCUCCGAGAUCAUGCCCCGGGCCCUGUCCACCCGCUGCGUCAGCGGGGUCUGGUGGGCCUUCACUCUCAUCAUCAUCUCUUCCUACACGGCCAACCUGGCCGCCUUCCUGACCGUGCAGAGAAUGGAGGUGCCCAUCGAAUCACCGGACGACCUGGCGGACCAGACCAACAUCCAGUACGGCACCAUACACGGGGGGAGCACUAUGACCUUUUUCAUGAACUCCCGGUACCAGACCUACCAGCGCAUGUGGAACUACAUGAACUCCAAGCAGCCCAGCGUGUUCGUGAAGAGCACGGAGGAGGGCAUAGCCCGGGUCCUCAACUCCAAGUACGCCUUCCUGCUGGAGAGCACCAUGAACGAGUACCACCGCCGCCUCAACUGCAACCUCACCCAGAUCGGCGGCCUGCUGGACACCAAGGGCUACGGUAUCGGCAUGCCGCUGGGCUCUCCGUUCAGAGACGAGAUCACGCUGGCCAUCCUGCAGCUCCAGGAGAACAACCGGCUGGAGAUCCUGAAGAGACGCUGGUGGGAAGGGGGGCAGUGUCCCAAAGAGGAGGACCAUCGAGCCAAGGGUCUGGGAAUGGAGAAUAUCGGGGGCAUAUUCGUGGUUCUAAUCUGCGGUCUGAUCAUCGCCGUGUUCGUGGCCAUCAUGGAGUUUGUGUGGUCCACGCGGCGCUCGGCCGAGACGGACGAGGUACGCCCUCACGUCUGCCCUGGCCGAAAUCACAGCCACUCCCCAGUGUCGGUUUGCCAGGAGAUGCUGACAGAGCUCUGUAACGCCGUCUCCUGUAAGAAGACGUCUCGAUCCCGGCGACGGCGGCACCUGGCGGGACCCGGGGGCCCCCACCACCCCGCGCGCCUCUCGCUGGGGGCCCCGCGCCCGCUGCGACUGGUCCGGGAGAUGCGGCUCAGCAACGGCAAGCUCUACAGCGGCUCGGGACCCCUGACGGGGGCCGCCGGGGUAGGCGGAGGCCCCUCGGACCUGGGCCCGGGGCCGCAGCGCCUGCUGGAGGACCCGCUGGGGGCCAACACCACCCCCCCGCCCUCCGCUGCGCCCCCCCGCGGUUGCACGCACGUGCGAAUAUGCCAGGAGUGCCGGCGCAUCCAGAGCUUGAGGCCUGCUUCCUGCAGGAUGACCCCCUCCUCCCGCCUCCCCCCGCCGCCCCCCCCCUCUGCCUCCAACACAGACAGCGAGGGGGGCGGGGGGCCGAGCCCGCGGCGGCGGAAACUAACCCCCCCGCCACGCCCCCUGCCCCCCGCAAAGACCAGCGCCAGUGCAGACCUACUGGGGGAAUAGAACUGGGGGAGGGGGGCAGAGGCCACAGGCAAGGGGCUUUGCAGAGGCACACUCUAAUUUAGGAGGGACUACAUGCCCCUGUGUUUUUUGGAGGGGGUGUCCCAGAGCCGGACGAGGAAGAGGAAGAGAGAGAAAAUGCCACUGAGGGUCAGAGAUACCUGCAUUCAGAGCUGCAGGAGUUCAGAGGGCCUUCAGACGGUCAGAUGUUGAGAGAGAAAGAGCGAAAUUUAACCCUUUCCAUGCUGGAUCGACUCCCACUCAGCCACAGCCUCUGCUCCCCUCCUCCUCACAGUUCGCCACCUCCCCGCCGUGGAAGAUAGCCGUUUCUGAAAACCACAGCGCAUCUCCUGAAUGGCGCGCGACGUAGCACCACUUCAUUCGCUGAGACUCUCUGCUCUCUACAAGCAGCCAUCUCAGCGCUGAGGGUUCCAACCAUCUUAGCAUGGGUGGGAUCUGCCAGUGAAGUGGUACAGACACGAUACACUUGAUGUGGUUUUCACUCUCUGUCCCUGCAUCACCUUAAGCUGCAGGAAGGAAAUUAGCUCUUUUUCUGGACUCAAAGGACCACAGAGAUUCUUAGAGUGGUAAUUCAUCACUCUGCAGCAUAGAAACUCUGGAUAUAGAAGGAAUGCACUUCCCUCCUUGAGGAACUGAAGGAGCAGAAGGUUAAGGUGAUCAGAUACAUUCAAAAAAAAGGGCAACAAAGAAAACCCGGACUGGAUUUUUUUUUUCUUUCUGUCUUUCUCAGUUUGUUUCUUUUAGGACUACAUAGACUUGGGACCGGUUGGUAUGAGGAAGAACGCAGAGACUUCAGCUGUGAACAGCCGUCAGCCUGUCUGCUCCCCUCAAAGCUCUUGUUUCUUGUUGGACUGCCACAGUACGGGCUCAAUGAGGUCUGAGAAGGGCUUGCCUGAAGCUCACUGAUACUCACGCUUCUACUACAUGCAUAAACAAGGCAUUUACACACACAAAACCGACUCAUACACAUUCGGUUGUGGUACCAGUAGAAUUUGUGCAUUGGAACAGUGUGUGUGUAAGUGUGUGUAUGUGUGUGUAGGAAUAUACUCUGUUGCCAGAGUGCAAGUGAUUACUUUUCUGAAGUGCUCCAAGCAGUCUAUCCAAAAGUUAAAUCUCGAAUCACAAACCCAACUUAACUGAUCAUGUUACACAACGAACGAAA